GUGAUAUCUGUCUAUAUCUGCAAUCUUGUUAUCGGUUAGUGUUAUGAUAUCAUAACAGUCUCCCGGCGCCAUUAGAAAAUGUGAAAAGUUUAACUUUAAAAUGGAAUUUAACAAUUUGUUUAUAGUCCUAACUUGUUUAUUGUCAGUGAGGUACAGUUUAACUCAAGUGAUUCAGUUUGGUUCCUGUCCACAGGUUGAAACUGUUACAUAUUUCCAGUUGGAAAAGUUCCUAGGCCGGUGGUAUGAGAUCGAGCGGUACCCAGCAUGGUACGAGAAGGCCGGGCGAUGCGCCUACAAAGAACUGAGGCAGUGUGGUCGGCGGAUCUCGAUACAGCAUGUGUUCGUGAGAGACGACAUCGAGUAUGUACUUCAUACGAACAGCACUUACGACCGGGGAGCUGAGGCGGUAUUUGUGGUAGCUGGGAAUAACGUUGAUCCUAUCGGUAUUCCGUUCCUAGUGGUGGCGACGGACUAUGCUAAUUUUGCAGUGGUGUACGGCUGCGUAGACAAUAUCGACGAAAACCUUAAAUAUCUUUCCACUUGGAUCCUAUCAAGAGAGCGAACACUCGACGCUGCUCGCAUGAAAGAGGCCUAUGACGUCAUCAGGUCCAUACCCGGGUCCAGCCCGGUGUACCUGCAGUCUGUGGAACAGGACGAGAGGAAAUGUGGACACAUCUGGACAGCGCAUGUGCAUGCGCAGAACAUGACUGCGAGCGAGUUUGAGGAAAUUACACAAUUUUUAUAGUCGCGAA